AUGCCAGGCCCAGCUGCGAUAGAGCAGCAGCCAGCGAUCUAUUCCAUAUUAUGGGCUUGCAUGUCCUCGUGGUACUUCGGCUACCACCUUGCCGAGCUCAACUUCCCGGUCGCAUCGCUGACCUGUCUGACGCCGGUCCAUGCCCCUCGGUCUCGACUGCCAAUAUGCCUCGAAAUCGAUGCGUUCCGGUACAGCACCGUUACCGCCUUGUACACGGCCGGGGGUUUAGUCGGGUCGUUGGCGAGUGCAUGGGUGGUCUACAAGGAGGGCAUCAAGGGGGGGAUAGUGUGGACGGGAUAUCUGAAUCUCGUUGGGGUGUUCUUGAUGGGAUGGAGCUGGAACUGGGGUAUGCUGGGUCUGGGCAGAUUUGUUGCGGGUCUAUCAGCUGGUCUGGCCUUCUGCCUGAUACCGCCUUUCUUGUCGCUAGUGGCUCGGUCGUCCCCACAGCUCUCCGCGAGGUCAGGCCAGAUAGGUGUGAUCCACCAGCUGGCCAUUGUUAUUGGGGUGUUCAUGGCUCAGGUUGCCGGCUGGCUUAUCACUGGAUCGAAAGGCGAUACUCCCGGCAAUUGGCGUUUCGUAGUUGCCAUAUCGGGCGUUGCGUCUCUUGGCCAGAUCUGGGCUGCAACAAAGGUGUUCAUCCCGCCAGAAGCAACCAUCAAAGCUGCCGUCGCCGGAAGUGCGACACCAGCACCCGCUCGGGAAGACACUUCGCUACUUCUUCAGCAUACGACGGAGACUGAAACUUCAGCCUCGGAACCUCUUUUAGCGGGAACGGCCCCAACCCCAUUCUCACCCAUCACCUCCGCUCAGACCUCUACUGUCACACCCCAACUUCCCCUCCGCGAACUCCUAUCCAACACAUCAUUACGCGGGACGACAAUGCUGUGCGCCACCGUCAUCUCCUUCCAGGCCUUAUCAGGCGUCAAUGCCGUCAUGUUCUACUCGACACCCGUGCUCAAGACACUUUUGCCAAACUCGGCGGGAAUGAUUGGUAUUGGUAUUGCUACCGUCAAUGCGUUGAUGACGCUGCCGGCGGUGUUUCUCGUUGAUGUGAUUGGCAAGAAGAACCUACUCUUAUUCUCGGUGAUCAGUAUGAGCAUCACAUCUGCCGCUUUGGCUCACGGGCUCAAUUCGCACUCGCCUAAUCUCAGCGCUUUUGCAAUCAUCGGGUUCAUUGCGAGCUUCGCGGUCGGUCUGGGCCCAAUACCCUUCCUGCUCAUCCCAGAUCUGGUACCCGCCCAAGCCAUCCCUGCCCUCUCAUCUCUCGCUUUCGCCCUCAACUGGACGUUGAACAUAAUGAUCGCCCUCCUCUUCCUCCCGCUCCGAAAUCUCCUCUCAUCGCCGACCGACCCAAGCGACCCCAUGGCCACCGCGCGGACCAACGAAGGCAACGUAUUCUAUGUCUUCAUGGCGACGAGCGCGAUCCUGGCUCUGGUGGUAUGGAGAGGCCUUCCAAAUGCACCCGGGUCAGGUAUGGGUCCAGGAGGGGCGGUGGCGGGACUAGGGAUUGGGAGGGUAUGA